UUAAAUUUUUUUUUUCAUUAGGCUAUUUUUGGUGCCCCCUCAGCACUACAGUGCUGAUGCCACUCCCAUACCUAAAAUACAUGUUUUACAGUCACUGUUAUGUAUUAUGCACAAUUUUUACUUGAAAAUCACUAUAUGGAAGUAAUCAUAAACAUUUUCAUAAAGCACCCAAUCAUUGGCUCUUACUCACACAACACAUCAUCUAGCAUAAUGAUUGGUAGAGUAUAAAAUGGGGAAAAUAUUUCAAUACAAGCACUUCAGGCAAAUACAAUUAAUGGAAUUUGUCAAACCUUUAAAACCAAUAAAUAAAUAAAAAACAACCAGUGGGGACAUUGUAAAAGUAGGCCAAUUCCACAACCCUGGUCCAAUGGCUUGUUCUAAAUAUUACACAACCUUUUGACGUAAGAUAAAUGAACAUAUUGACACAGGACUGUACACAUUUAUAAGUCAAUGACAUAGGUGUGACAUUUACCAAACUUGGUCUGGCCAGUCAUGGUGAGGUAAUGAAGAGGAAGUACAGUAGAGAGACACAUUUCGUAGACACUUUCAUCCAAAGAGGCUUAAAGUGUGUUCAAGGGAUUCAUUUGCUCAGUACUUGCAAUCCCUGGGAAUUAAACUCAGAUGUUUGGAGUUGCCAGCACUACAAUCUACCUGUUGAUGUGCAAAAAUGGGCAAUUUAAUUGGUAAGAGAGAGGAUGGAAACUAUUUAUUAAGUGCAAAAUAAAUUGUAUUUUCCUGAUUCCAGUAUUUGACAAAUUUGUUUCCUCUUCUUAUGUUUACCAAGUCUGUGAUAAUCGUUUCUCAGUAUCACAUUUCAACCAUUGAUUUUAUGAGCUAGAAUGGAGCAAACAUCUUAAAUAUAAAAACAUACUAACAUGUUUUAAUAGUUGUAUAAAGAUUUUUUCUUGACUCAAGGUAAUCUGCAUGUGGAUAAUUCUGUUGCAUUGUUAAAUUACCUUUACAACUACAAUGUUGAUCCAUUUGUCUACAGAUUUCUGUUUUAUGUCUGGGAAGGGAUGAUAAUGUCAUAUGAAAGCCUCAAUUUAGACUGGACUUUGACUCUCAGUGAUGAACAUGAUAAAAGAAUACACUGGUGAGGAUUUAUCAGUUCUGCCGAAGUUAACUGCUACACUAAAGUAUCUAAAUGGGACUAUUUACGUCUAUGCAAAAUAAUGAGGAGGAAUGUAUUUUUAAUGAGGUUAAGUGCAUGGCAAAUAUGGCAAAGCUCAAAUCGUGGUUAGUCACCAGAGUAUGAUCAGUUUAGAUUUAAAUGCCAUUAUAUGAAGUCUAAGGUGCUACUUUUGGUGUUGAUAUGUUUGUUGUUUUAACUCCUCUUAUAAUCCUAAAAUUGAGGUUGUACACAGUUACUGAACUUUCUGGUUUCUUUGGUUUUCAAGCUUAGUGUUUUUUAAAUACAUAAUAUGACAUGGUUAGGCAUGCUUGGUUUGAGCUGGUGUUGUUUGAAAUGUAAUUGUAAUAUUUAGAAUAUACGUUUGAAUCAUUUUAGAAGAAUCGUUUUAAGCAUUUAUCUAUUCUUGAAAUCCCUUGUGAAUAAAUCACUUAUAAAAUAUUCUUUGCAUGUUUAUACUGAUAUAUAUUGGAAUUUUGUACUGAAUCUACACUAAUACACAGGAAUAUAUGCUAUCAGAAUGAUCAUACUUCAUAAACUGCAUAAUUCAAGGGCUUUUUGCAAGCCGCUAUAAAAGUGUCAAGUUAAUUCAUUGUUUGUAUGCAAUAGCCUUUCCUGAAUGUCAUCCCCAAACAGAUUCCUAGUGAGUGUACAGCAUUAAUGGUUUAACCAUCCAGUGCAUUUCAAGUGACAGAGUCAUGGCUGGAUGGGCUCAGCUUCCUGCAAAGCCCAAUUAUUCUGAAUCAUUUCACUAAAGGGGCCUGAUCUAAUGUGCACACCAAGGGCAAAUAAGGCAACGUGGGACCAUAUAAAUGGCAUCUUGCUGCAUUAAGUACCCAUCCCUGUGGCUCAUAUCAGACCAAUUCAAGCUCUUAGAUGCACUAACCGCCCAUCUAACGCCCCUUCCACACCCCUUCCCCCCCACCCUAUUAUGUGCCUUCCAAAUUAAUAGAAACCUUUUUGCAGAUACAGACUUCCUUAUUGUCUUCAUGUUUUUUCCUCACACAGAUUGGAGAGUGUUCAGCACUUUAUUUGGUUGAGGAGCGGCUAUUCCUCCAAAUGGAUUAAAGAGGGAAUAUUGGCAGCCAGUGGAGAGGCUAUGAAAAGGAGGCUUUAGUUAACCGAUCUAGGUGAGCUACAAAUUGAUCUGACAUGAUGGAGUUGACCGUGUCCAGCUUCGUCUCUUUGUUGGUCUACAUCUUGACCUUCUUGCUUGGACUUCCUGGCAAUCUCCUUGUUCUUUUCGUGUACAUCCGUAAGGCUCGAAAACACGGUGCCACCCCCAAUGUAGUCUACGCUCUGAACCUGUGUGUGGCAAACCUGGCUCUAGUGUCGUGGAUGCCAGUCAAAGUGGCCGAGACGCUCCAUGGUUGGGCGCUUCCAGCUGCGGUUUGUCCCGUUUAUAGCUUCUUUCUGUUUUCUUCAGUCUACGGUAGUAGUUUGAUACUCACAGCAGUCGUCGUGGGCCGGUAUCUGAGUAUCGCAUAUCCUAUAACUUACAAACUAUACCGCCGGUCGAGUACCUCUUGCCUGGUAAGCGCCAUCUUGUGGCUUUUAGUUCUUAUACACUUGGGUUUUGCUCAUACUGCAGAAGGAAUGGGCCAUUUUGUGUCUAUAUCAGAGGAGAAUAUCUCUGCAUGCUAUGAAAACUUCACCCAGGAGCAGUUAGAAGUGCUGGUGCCGUUACGCAUGGAGAUGGCACUGCUGCUCUUCCUGGUGCCACUUGUUUUGUCAGCAUUCUGCACACUGCGCUGCCUUGUGCUUGUCAGACACUCAGCUUUGCCCUCUGUUGGGAAAAGAAGGGUGUUAGCCAUUGCACUCUCCACUUUAGUAGUAUUUGUGGUAUGUUAUUUGCCCUACAAUGUUUCCCACGUGGUGGGCUUUGUCUUGAACACUAAUGUGGAGUGGAGAAGUGAAGCCAUGCUUUCCUGCUCCUGCAAUGUAUUUCUUGAGCCGGUGGUCAUGUUGAUGAUUUCACCAUGGACGCCGAGGGAUUUGGUGGACAGAUUGUGCCGCAAAUGAAAGAACAUGUCAUACAAGUCCAGGCAUCAGAAUCACUUCAACAGGGCUUCCAGGAACCAUCAAAUCACAAGCUGCAUCAAUAAUAAGCCAUGGUGAAUCUAAAGAUGACAGAGCAAAAGCAAACACAGCAGACUCGUCCAUAAAAGUGACCUGAUGGAAAUAAAUGAGAUGCUGAAUUUGUAAGAAUGUUUUUUUUUUUUUGAAAAUUUACUUUUCAGUGUUAAGUCACUCAUAAAGAUAUCAGAUGAGAUAAUCUUUUAAAA